AUGUCCAUCCAGAAUCUCAACACAUUCGACCCAUUCGCCGAUGCUAUCAAAAGCUCGGAAGACGACGUUCAAGAUGGACUAGUCCACGUCCGGAUCCAGCAGCGAAACGGGCGCAAGACUCUGACCACGGUGCAAGGCCUGUCAUCGGAAUAUGACCUGAAGAAGAUUGUGCGGGCAUGCAAGAAGGAGUUCGCGUGCAACGGAACCGUCGUGGAGCACCCGGAGUACGGCGAAGUACUGCAGCUGCAGGGCGAUCAACGAGAGAAUAUUUGCCAGUGGCUUACUAAAUCGGGGCUUGUUAAGCCUGAACAACUCAAAGUGCACGGCUUUUAA